AUUCUUCAAAAAACAGUCUAAUCCAUGUACCGAAAAAAAAAAAAAGCCUAAUCAAAAGAAAUGAUAAACCCUGCGAUUACAUCACAUCAUCACAUCGCAUAUAAACCGAAGAAGAAGAAGAAGGAGAAGAAAAAGGAUUAAGGUUCAAAGUUCAAACCUUCUUCACAAUAUACAUUUAUUCAUUCAUUUCAUUUUCAUUUCCCUCCAAUUCUUUCCACUCCAUUCCAAUGUCUUUCACUACUUCUCUUUCUCCUCACUUUCUCUCUCUCCCAAACAAAACCCCAUCCCUAACCCCUUUCAAUUCAUCUAAACCCUUAUCAUUAUUCCCUAAACUCCACCCAAAACCACUCAUCACAAAAGCUUCAUCGUCGUCGUCGAAAAACCCUAACCCUAAUCAACCCAAAGAAAACGAAAUUGUUGAAGUUGAAGUAGAAGAAGAACUUCCAUGGAUUCAGGAAAAAGCUCUUGACCUUGUUGAGUUCACUGGUUCGGUUACACAAGCUAUUCCUGGACCUAGAGUGGGUCCCACUUCGUUGCCGUGGAUUCUCGCUGUUCCUCUUGGUUAUGUUGGUGUUACUUUUGUUAUUGCGUUUGUUAAGACUGUUAAGAAGUUUACUUCUCCUAAAGCACAGCGACGUAAAUUGGUUGGUAAAAAUGCGAUGCUGUGUAAGUCGGUGGAUGAGUUGUUGUUACAAAGAGGAAGAGAUGAAGUUAAGGUUGAUGAUCUCAAGGCAAUUGCGGAUAAGACAGGUUUUGGUUUGCAAGAAAUUUUGCGCAAAUAUAUCCGGUAUGUUCUGAAUGAGAAACCAUUCAACCCUGAUGUUGUAGCUGAUUUAAUUCAGCUAAGGAGAGCUUCUACGUUAAAUGACUCACAAGUUGCUGAGAUUCUAAAUGAAAUUUCACGAAGAAUUGUGCGAGACAAAGGCCCAAUUGUAAUGAAUAAAUCAGGUUAUACUGAAAAGGGUUUCAAGAGAAAACUAGCUGUUCAGGCCCUUUUUGGAAAGGUCUUCUAUCUAUCUGAGCUGCCAGAGUUCUGUUCAAGUGAUAGCUCUUUAGUUGUCAAGGAAAUCUUCGGGGUUACAGAUGAAGACGCCGACCUACUCAGAUUACAGACAACUUCUGAAGCUGGCAACCUAGAUGCACUUGAGAAGAUGGCUGAUAUUUCAGAUUCAGAAGAUUCUAGCGAGGCUUCAUGAUGCAAAUAUACUUCAGGGUUUUGAAUUCGAAAAGGUUGAGGAAUCUGUUCUGCAAGAUAUCUUCUCAUUACGUGGUGCUGCAAAAUCUACAUUACCAUCAUCAUCUCCCAUCCAAAACAUGGAAGUAAAAAAUUUCAAUGUGUAGGGCAGGGGUUUUUUCUUAAUUUCUUUUUUACGAUACAACUUAUGUACUUUCAGCUUCCUUCAGGAUUAAAUUUUGUGCUUGACAUUUUCAUUAGUGUCCUAGAAGUCAGUCUUUUACAGAUAUAAUGCUACUGUUGAGAAAUUGAAUUAACAAGUGUAAUAAAAACACAUUUCGGUAUAUGGAUAUAGAAUGAAUGAAUGAUAUUUUGUGUUCGUUUAGGAA